UUGGGAAAGAUCUUGCCGAUUACGAUACCCAAAUGGGUUAAUGAAAGGAUUGUCCAAAUACUCUUAAUGGAGAAAAGAAUGGAUUCAAGAGGAUUGCUUCUGGCGACGAUCUUUGUCGCCAUUAUCAGAAACGGUUUGGCUGAACAAGCUAAUGACUGUAAAGAUGACGCGGGGAACGAUUGCAAAGUGGAGUGUCCAACACCAUCAAGCUACAUUCCCCAUGAGACAGAUUGCAGUCGUUUCUACCAGUGUUCUAACAAUAAACCACAUCUAAUGCAAUGUGGGCCAGGAACUCAUUUCAACCCGAGGUUAAAUGUAUGUGACUGGCCGGCUAAUGCAGGCUGCGUUGUUGGCAAUCCAUCACUAGAUGAUACAGUGAUGGUAACUGAAGAACACAAUCCUGCCAAACUUCGGCUUCGAAGAAGCGGUUCCUCGUCAAGUGGUUCUUCCUCAAAAGGUUCCUCUUCGAGUGGUUCCGAUGAAAGUGAAGAAUGCGAAGAAUAUUACUAUAACCCCAAGGAGUGUAAAGAGAAGUGUGGUAAGGGGAAAGAGAAGGAUAUUUGCAAGGACUUUUGUAAACAAGAAGGGAAGAGCAAAGAGAAGAAUUGCGAGAAGGACUGUGAAAGUGACUGGAAAUCGAAAAGCAAAAGUUGCGAGAAGAACUGUCAGAACACCAGUGGAAAGAUGUGUAAAUCAACCAUGAAAAGUGGCAGUAAAUCAGGGAAAAAUGGUUCCUCUAAGAGUGGUUCCAGUGGAAGUGGUUCCAAUGGCAGUGGGUCAACCAUUGGAAGCGGUGGUAAAUCAGGCAAAAGUGGUUCCUCUAAGAGUGGUUCCAGUGGAAGUGGUUCCAAUGGCAGUGGGUCCUCUUCAAGUGGUUCGGAUGAAAGUGCAGAAUGCGAGGAAUAUUAUUAUAACCUUAAUGAGUGUAAGAACAGCUGUGGAAAGGGGAAAAGUUGCGAGAAAACCUGUCAGAACACUAGUGGAAAGAUGUGUAAAACAACCAAAGAAAGUGGACCAGAGGCAGACGAAGUGGUAGCGGAAGUUGACAUAGUUGACGAUGAAGUGAAGGAGUGUGAGGAAUAUUGGAAUACCAAAGGCGACAAGUGCAGAGAGGAUUGUCAACAAUUAGGAAAUGGAAAAGGAAAUGAUAAAAUGAGGCAUAUUUGCAAGGACAACUGUGAAAAAGACAAGUAUUGCGAAAAGGACUGUGAAAAUACAUGGAAACCCAGAGAAAAGGAAUGCAAUAAUCUCUGCAAAAAGAAAGGGAAAGACAAAAAAGAUUGUGAGGAAGAGUGUGAAUACAAUUAUUGCGAGGAAGAUUGUGAAAAAUAUAAUGAAGAAAAGGAUAAGCUCUGUUACACAACUGAUGAAGACGUAGUAAAAAACGGAAGUCAUUGUGGAGCAGACAUCGUUGUCAUCAUAGAUACAUCGUGUAGUGUGAAAAAUAAUGACAAAAUUACCUCACGUCAAUUUGUUGUUGACCUUAUUGGAAAGAUGGACAUCGGCGACGGUCCAAGCCAAACACGAAUUGGUGUAAUGACAUACAAUAAGGGAAUUACACAUCAGUUCCAUUUAAAGGACUUCAAGAAUAAAGAAGAUUUAGAAAAACGGGCGAAAAAGAUUAAAUUAUCUGCAAAAGGAUGCAGGACCCAUACACACAAGGCCUUGGAGGAAAUGCGAAAGACAUACUUCACUGAGAAAAAUGGAGAUCGACCAGGUGUUCCGAAUAUCGCCGUUCUCAUGACUGACGGUGGCACCUAUGAACAUAAAUAUGUUCCUGACACUCUAAGCGAGGCCAGUACAUCAAGGAACUUAGGAAUUGAACUGUUUGUUGUUGGUCUUCCAACAAAGAGCAAGAACAAAGUCACCAGUAUGACAGAAUGGAUGGGGAUCGCAAGUAAACCAAAGGAUAGACAUUUUUACCCUAUGGAUUCGUUUAGUGAAUUGACAUCCAUUCUUCAAGGUUUCUCGACAUCCCUGUGUGAAUUUGAAGUGAUUGAUGAUAACAGUACAACUGGUGAAAGUGAAGUAGAGGAAUUCGAAUGCGAUGUAUUCUGGGUAGCAAAGGGCAAGAGCUGCAAUGAGAAUUGCCAAUCACAAUCGAAAGGGACAUGGAAGAAGAGCUGCAAGGAAUGGUGUCAGAAUGACAAGAAUUGCGCAAAGGAAUGUGAAAAAGAUUGGGCAAAAGAUAAAGACAAGCAUUGCGAUAAGGACUGUGGCAAAUACAGUGAAAGAAGCAAGACGUGUAAGGUAUCCUUGGAAGAAGAGACGGGACAAGAGGAUGAUGAACCACCCCCAGAUGAUUUUUGUCCAGAACCGUCAAGCUACGUUCCCCAUGAUACAGACUGUUCGCUUUACUACCAGUGCGUUGAAUCAAUUCCAAGUUUAAUGGAAUGUGGGCCGGGUACUCAUUUCAACACCAAGUUGAAUAUAUGUGACUUGCCCGAAAGUGCAGGUUGCAUUGUCAUUGAAGUAACAGAGCCUGAAGAAAAAAGUGGGUCUUCAGACGAUGAAGUGACGGAGUGUGAGGAAUAUUGGAAUAUCAAAGGCGACAAGUGCAGAGAGGAUUGUCAACAAUUAGGAAGUGGGAAAGGAAAUGAUAAAAUGAGGCAUAUUUGCAAAGACAACUGUGAGAAAGACAAGGAUUGCGAAAAGGACUGUGAAGAUACAUGGAAGUCUAGAGAAAAGGAAUGCAAAGAUCUCUGCAAACAGAAAGGGAAAGACAAAAAUGAUUGUGAAGAAGAGUGUGAAUACAAUUAUUGCGAGGAAGAUUGUGAAAUAUAUAAUGAAGAAAGGGAUAAGAUCUGUUACUCAACUGAUGAAGACGUAGUAAGAAACGGAAGUCAUUGUGGAGCAGACAUUGUUGUCAUCAUAGAUACAUCAUGUAGUGUGAAACAUUCUGACAGAAUUAUUGCUCGUCAAUUUGUUGUUGACCUUAUUGGAAAGAUGGACAUCGGCGAUAGCCCGAGUCAAACACAAAUUGGUGUAAUGACAUACAAUAAGGGAGUCACACAUCAGUUCUAUUUAAAUGAAUUCAAGACCCAAGCAGAAUUAGAAAAACAGGCGAAAAAGAUUAGUUUAAAUGCAAAGGGAUGCAGGACCCAUACACACACGGCAUUGCAGAAAAUGCGAACGGCAUACUUUACUGAGAAAAAUGGAGAUCGACAGGGUGUUCCUAAUAUCGGCAUUCUAAUGACUGACGGUGGCACCUAUGAAAAGCAAUACAGAUCAAAUACUCAAAGCGAGGCCAUUGAAUCCAGGCAAACAGGCAUUGAAAUGUUUGUCGUUGGCCUACCAGCCAGAAGCAAGAACAAACUCAGAAGUAUGACAGAGUGGAUGGGGAUCGCAAGUCAACCUAAAGCUAGACAUUUUUACCCUAUGGAUUCAUUUAGUGAUUUAACGUCCAUUCUUCACGGCUUCUCAACAUCUCUGUGUGAAUUUGAAGUAAUUGAGGAUAGCAGUGCAAUUGUCGAAGAUGAAGCAGAGGAAUUCGAAUGCGAUGUAUUCUGGGCAGCGAAGGGCAAGAGUUGCAACGAGAACUGUAAGAAACAAGGGAAGGGCACUUGGAAGCAGACCUGUAAGAAAUGGUGUCAGAAUGACAAAAAUUGCAAUAAGGAAUGUGAAAAUGAUUGGGCAAAAGACAAAGACAAGUAUUGCGGAAAGGACUGUGGCAAAUACAGUGAAAGAAGCAAGACGUGUAAGUUAUCCUUGGAAGAAGAGACAGACGAAGAGGAAGAUGAACCACCCCCGGAUGACUUUUGCCCAGAACCGUCAAGCUACAUUCCCCAUGAAACAGAUUGUUCUCUUUACUACCAGUGCAUUGAUUCUGUACCAAGUUUGAUGGACUGUGGGCCGGGUACUCAUUUCAACACCAAGUUGAAUAUAUGUGACUGGCCUGAGAGUGCAGGUUGCAUUUUCAGUGAAGUAACAGAGCCUGAAGAAAAAAGUGAGUCCUCCUCAAGUGGUUCCAAUGGCAGUGGGUCCUCUUCAAGUGGUUCGGAUGAAAGUGAGGAAUGCAAGGAAUAUCAUUAUAACCUUAAUGAGUGUAAGAAGAGCUGUGAGAAGGGAAAUGCUAAAUCAAAUGCCAAAAGCUGCGAGAAGACCUGUCAGAACACCAGUGGAAAGAUGUGUAAAUCAACCAUGAAAAGUGGCAGUAAAUCAGGCAAAAGUGGUUCCUCUAAGAGUGGUUCUAGUGGAAGUGGUUCCGACGGCAGUGUGUCAACCAUUGGAAGCGAUGGUAAAUCAGGCAAAAGCGGUUCAUCUAAGAGUGGUUCCAGUGGAAGUGGUUUAAACGGCAGUGGGUCCUCUUCAAGUGGUUCGGAUGAAAUUGAGGAAUGCAAGGAAUAUCAUUAUAACCUUAAUGAGUGUAAGAAGAGCUGUGGAAAGGGAAAUGCGAAAUCAAAUGCCAAAAGUUGCGAGAAGAACUGUCAGAACACUAGUGGCAAGAUGUGUAAAACUAUCAAAGAAAGUGGGACCGAGGCAGUCGAAGUGGUAGAGGAAGAUGCUACAAUUGAUGAAGAAGUGAGGAAGUGCGAGGAAUAUUUGAAUAUGGAAGGCGAGAAGUGCAGGGAGGAUUGUAAACAAAAUGGAAAUGGAAAAGGGAAUGAUAAAAUGAGGCAUAUUUGCAAGGACAACUGCGAGAAAGACAAGGAUUGCGAAAAGGACUGUGAAGAUACAUGGAAGUCUAGAGAAAAGGAAUGCAAAGAUCUCUGCAAACAGAAAGGGAAAGACAAAAAUGAUUGUGAAGAAGAAUGUGAAUACAAUUAUUGCGAGGAAGAUUGUGAAAUAUAUAAUGAAGAAAAGGAUAAGAUUUGUUACACAACUGAUGAAGACGUAGUAGGAAACGGAAGUUAUUGUGGAGCAGACAUUGUUGUCAUCAUAGAUACAUCGUGUAGUGUGAAACAUUCUGACAGAAUUAUUGCUCGUCAAUUUGUUGUUGACCUUAUUGGAAAGAUGGACAUCGGCGAUGGCCCAAGCCAAACACAAAUUGGUGUAAUGACAUACAAUAAGGGAGUCACACAUCAGUUCUAUUUAAAUGAAUUCAAGACCCAAGCAGAAUUAGAAAAACAGGCGAAAAAGAUUAGUUUAAAUGCAAAGGGAUGCAGGACCCAUACACACACGGCAUUGCAGAAAAUGCGAUCGGCAUACUUUACUGAGAAAAAUGGAGAUCGACAGGGUGUUCCUAAUAUCGGCAUUCUAAUGACUGACGGUGGCACCUAUGAAAAGCAAUACAGAUCAAAUACUCAAAGCGAGGCCAUUGAAUCCAGGCAAACAGGCAUUGAAAUGUUUGUCGUUGGCCUACCAGCCAGGAGCAAGAACAAACUCAGAAGUAUGACAGAGUGGAUGGGGAUCGCAAGUCAACCUAAAGCUAGACAUUUUUACCCUAUGGAUUCAUUUAGUGAUUUAACGUCCAUUCUUCAGGGCUUCUCAACAUCUCUGUGUGAAUUUGAAGUGGUUGAGGAUAGCAGUACAAUUGUAGAAGAUGAAUCGGAGGAAUUCGAAUGCGAUGUAUUCUGGGCAGCGAAGGGCAAGAGUUGCAACGAGAACUGUAAGAAACAAGGGAAAGGCACGUGGAAGCAGACUUGUAAGAAAUGGUGUCAGAAUGACAAAAAUUGCAAUAAGGAAUGUGAAAAUGAUUGGGCUAAAGACAAAGACAAAUAUUGCGGAAAGGACUGUGGCAAAUACAGUGAAAGAAGCAAGACGUGUAAGUUAUCCUUGGAAGAAGAGACAGACGAAGAGGAAGAUGAACCACCCCCGGAUGACUUUUGCCCAGAACCGUCAAGCUACAUUCCCCAUGAAACAGAUUGUUCUCUUUACUACCAGUGCAUUGAUUCUGUACCAAGUUUGAUGGAUUGUGGACCGGGUACUCAUUUCAACACCAAGUUGAAUAUAUGUGACUGGCCUGAGAGUGCAGGUUGCAUUUUCAUUGAGGUAACAGAGCCUAAAGAAAAACGUCUACCUCAAAGUGGUUCCAACGGCAGUGGGUCAACCAUUGGAAGCGGUGGUAAAUCAGGCAAAAGCGGUUCAUCUAAGAGUGGUUCCAGUGGAAGUGGCUCCAACGGCAGUGGGCCCUCUUCAAGUGGUUCGGAUGAAAGUGAGGAAUGCAGUGAAUAUCAUUAUAACCUUAAUGAGUGUAAGAAGAGCUGUGGAAAGGGAAAUGCGAAAUCAAAUGCCAAAAGCUGCGAAAAGACCUGUCAUAACACCAGUGGAAAGAUGUGUAAAUCAACCAUAAAAAGUGGCAGUAAAUCAGGCAAAAGUGGUUCCUCUAAGAGUGGUUCCAGUGGAAGUGGUUCCGACGGCAGUGGGUCAACCAUUCGAAGCAGUGUUAAAUCAGGCAAAAGCGGUUCAUCUAAGAGUGGUUCCAGUGGAAGUGGUUCCAACGGCAGUGGGUCAACCAUUGGAAGCAGUGGUAAAUCAGGAAAAAGUGGUUCCUCUAAGAGUGGUUCCAGCGAUGGGGGGUCUGAUGGAGGAGAUACUGAUGAAGAAAUAGACAAUGGAGCAGUGAUAUGUCCAACACCAUCAAGUUACAUCCCGCAUGAGACAGACUGCAGCCGUUUCUACCAGUGUUCUAACAAUAAACCACAUUUAAGGCAAUGUGGACCAGGUACUCAUUUCAAUUCAAGAUUAAAUGUAUGUGACUGGCCUAAGAAUGCAGGCUGCGUUGUUAGCAAUCCAUCUCUAGAUGCAACAGACACUGAAACAGUCAAAGAUCAGUCUACAAAGAGUGAGAAGUCUGCAAAAAGUGGUUCCAGUGGAAGUGGUUCCAACGGCAGUGGGUCAACCAUUGGAAGCGGUGGUAAAUCAGGCAAAAUCGGUUCAUCUAAGAGUGGUUCCAGUGGAAGUGGUUCCAACGGCAGUGGGUCCUCUUCAAGUGGUUCGGAUGAAAGUGAGGAAUGCAGUGAAUAUCAUUAUAACCUAAAUGAGUGUAAGAAGAGCUGUGGAAAGGGAAAUGCGAAAUCAAAUGCCAAAAGCUGCGAGAAGACCUGUCAGAACACCAGUGGAAAGAUGUGUAAAUCAACCAUGAAAAGUGGCAGUAAAUCAGGCAAAAGUGGUUCCUCUAAGAGUGGUUCCAGUGGAAGUGGUUCCGACGGCAGUGGGUCAACCAUUGGAAGCGGUGGUAAAUCAGGCAAAAGCGGUUCAUCUAAGAGUGGUUCCAGUGGAAGUGGUUCCAACGGCAGUGGGUCAAUCAUUGGAAGCAGUGGUAAAUCAGGAAAAAGUGGUUUCUCUAAGAGUGGUUCCAGCGGUGGGGGGUCUGAUGGAGGAGAUACUGAUGAAGAAAUAGACAAUGGAGCAGUGAUAUGUCCAACACCAUCAAGUUACAUCCCACAUGAGACAGACUGCAGCCGUUUCUACCAGUGUUCUAACAAUAAACCACAUUUAAUGCAAUGUGGACCAGGUACUCAUUUCAAUUCAAGAUUAAAUGUAUGUGACUGGCCUGAGAAUGCAGGCUGCGUUGUUAUCAAUCCAUCUCUAGAUGCAACAGACACUGAAACAGUCAAAGAUCAGUCUACAAAGAGUGAGAAGUCUGCAAAAAGUGGUUCCAGUGGAAGUGGUUCAAACGGCAGUGGGUCAACCAUUGGAAGCGGUGGUAAAUCAGGCAAAAUCGGUUCAUCUAAGAGUGGUUCCAGUGGAAGUGGUUCCAACGGCAGUGGGUCCUCUUCAAGUGGUUCGGAUGAAAGUGAGGAAUGCAGUGAAUAUCAUUAUAACCUUAAUGAGUGUAAGAAGAGCUGUGGAAAGGGAAAUGCGAAAUCAAAUGCAAAAAGCUGUGAGAAGACCUGUCAUAACACCAGUGGAAAGAUGUGUAAAUCAACCAUGAAAAGUGGCAGUAAAUCAGGCAAAAGUGGUUCCUCUAAGAGUGGUUCCAGUGGAAGUGGUUCCAACGGCAGUGGGUCAAACAUUGGAAGCGGUGGUAAAUCAGGCAAAAACGGUUCAUCUAAGAGUGGUUCCAGUGGAAGUGGUUCCAACGGCAGUGGGUCAACCAUUGGAAGCGGUGGUAAAUCAGGAAAAAGUGGUUCCUCUAAGAGUGGUUCCAGCGGUGGGGGGUCUGAUGGAGGAGAUACUGAUGAAGAAAUAGAAAACGGAGCAGUGAUAUGUCCAACACCAUCAAGUUACAUCCCGCAUGAGACAGACUGCAGCCUUUUCUACCAGUGUUCUAACAAUAAACCACAUUUAAUGCAAUGUGGACCAGGUACUCAUUUCAAUUCAAGAUUAAAUAUAUGUGACUGGCCUGAGAAUGCAGGCUGCGUUGUUAUCAAUCCAUCUCUCGAUGGAACAGACACGGACACAGACGAAGAUCAGUCUACAACGAGUAAGAAGUCUGCCAAAAGUGGUUCCAGUGGAAAUGGUUCAAACGGCAGUGGGUCAACCAUUGGAAGCGGUGGUAAAUCAGGCAAAGGCAGUUCAUAUAAGAGUGGUUCCAGUGGAAUUGGUUCCAACGGCAGUGGGUCCUCUUCAAGUGGUUCGGAUGAAAGUGAGGAAUGCAGUGAAUAUCAUUAUAACCUUAAUGAGUGUAAGAAGAGCUGUGGAAAGGGAAAUGCGAAAUCAAAUGCCAAAAGCUGCGAGAAGACCUGUCAUAACACCAGUGGAAAGAUGUGUAAAUCAACCAUAAAAAGUGGAAGUAAAUCAGGCAAAAGUGGUUCCUCUAAGAGUUUUUCCAGUGGAAGUGGUUCCGACGGCAGUGGGUCAACCAUUGGAAGCGGUGGUAAAUCAGGCAAAAGCGGUUCAUCUAAGAGUGGUUCCAGUGGAAGUGGUUCCGAUGGCAGUGGAUCAACCAUUGGAAGCGGUGGUAAAUCAGGCAAAAGCGUUUCAUCUAAGAGUGGUUCCAGUGGAAGUGGUUCCAACGGCAGUGGGUCAACCAUUGGAAGCGAUGGUAAAUCAGGCAAAAGUGGCUCAUCUAAGAGUGGUUCCAGUGGAAGUGGUUCCGACGGCAGUGGGUCAACCAUUGGAAGCGGUGGUAAAUCAGGCAAAAGUGGUGCAUCUAAGAGUGGUUCCAGUGGAAGUGAUUCAAACGGUAGUGGGUCAACCAUUGGAAGCGGUGGUAAAUCAGGCAAAAGUGGUUCACCUAAGAGUGGUUCCAGUGGAAGUGGUUCCAACGGCAGUGGGUCAACCAUUGGAAGUGGUGGUAAAUCAGGCAAAAGCAGUUCAUCUAAGAGUGGUUCCAGUGGAAGUGGUUCCGACGGCAGUGGGUCAACCAUUGGAAGCGGUGGUAAAUCUGGCAAAAGUGGUUCAUCUAAGAGUGGUUCCAUUGGAAGUGGUUCCAACGGCAGUGGGUCAACCAUUGGAAGCAUUGGUAAAUCAGGCAAAAGCGGUUCAUCAAACAGUGGUCCCAGUGGAAGUGGUUCCAACGGCAGUGGGUCAACCAUUGGAAGCGGUGGUAAAUCUGGCAAAAGUGGUUCAUCUAAGAGUGGUCCCAGUGGAAGUGGUUCCAACAGCAGUGGAUCAACCAUUGGAAGCGGUGGUAAAUCAGGCAAAAGUGGUUCACUUAAGAGUGGUUCCAGUGGAAGUGGUUCCAACGGCAGUGGGUCAAACAUUGGAAGCGGUGGUAAAUCAGGCAAAAGCGGUUCAUCUAAGAGUGAUUCCAGUGGAAGUGGUUCCAACGGCAGUGGGUCAACCAUUGGAAGCGGUGGUAAAUCAGGCAAAAGUGGUUCAUCUAAGAGUGAUUCUAGUGGAAGUGGUUCCAACGGCAGUGGGUCAACCAUUGGAAGCGUUGGUAAAUCAGUCAAAAGUGGUUCAUCUAAGAGUGGUUCUAGUGGAAGUGGUUCCAACGGCAGUGGGUCAACCAUUGGAAGCGGUGGUAAAUCAGGAAAAAGUGGUUCCUCUAAGAGUGGUUCCAGCGGUGGGGGGUCUGAUGGAGGAGAUACUGAUGAAGUAAUAGACAAUGGAGCAGUGAUAUGUCCAACACCAUCAAGUUACAUCCCGCAUGAGACAGACUGCAGCCGUUUCUACCAGUGUUCUAACAAUAAACCACAUUUAAUGCAAUGUGGACCAGGUACUCAUUUCAAUUCAAGAUUAAAUGUAUGUGACUGGCCCGAGAAUGCAGGCUGCGUUGUUAUCAAUCCAUCUCUCGAUGGAACAGACACGGACACAGACGAGGAUCAGUCUACAACGAGUAAGAAAUCUGCAAAAAGUGGUUCCAGUGGAAGUGGUUCAAACGGCAGUGGGUCAACCAUUGGAAGCGGUGGUAAAUCAGGCAAAGGCAGUUCAUCUAAGAGUGGUUCCAGUGGAAGUGGUUCCAACGGCAGUGGGUCCUCUUCAAGUGGUUCCGAUGAAAGUGAGGAAUGCAAGGAAUAUCAUUAUAACCUUAAUGAGUGUAAGAAGAGCUGUGGAAAGGGAAAUGCGAAAUCAAAUGCCAAAAGCUGCGAGAAGAUCUGUCAUAACACAAGUGGAAAGAUGUGUAAAUCAACCAUGAAAAGUGGCAGUAAAUCAGGCAAAAGUGGUUCCUCUAAGAGUGGUUCCAGUGGAAAUGGUUCCGACGGCAGUGGGUCAACCAUUGUUAGCGGUGGUAAAUCAGGCAAAAGCGGUUCAUCUAAGAGUGGUUCCAGUGGAAUUGGUUCCGAUGGCAGUGGGUCAACCAUUGGAAGUGGUGGUAAAUCAGGCAAAAGCGGUUCAUUUAAGAGUGGUUCCAGUGGAAGUGGUUCCAACGGCAGUGGGUCAACCAUUGAAAGCGUUGGUAAAUCAGGCAAAAGUGGUACACUUAAGAGUGCUUCCAGUGGAAGUGGUUCCGACGGCAGUGGGUCAACCAUUGGAAGCGGUAGUAAAUCAGGCAAAAGCGGUUCAUCUAAGAGUGGUUCCAGUGGAAGUGGUUCCGACAGCAGUGGGUCAACCAUUGGAAGCGGUGGUAAAUCAGGCAAAAGCGGUUCAUCUAAGAGUGGUUCCAGUGGAAGUGGUUCCAACGGCAGUGGGUCAACCAUUGGAAGCGUUAGUAAAUCAGGCAAAAGCGGUUCAUCUCAGAGUGGUUCCAGUGAAAAUGGUUCCGACGGCACUGGGUCAACCAUUGGAAGCGGUGGUAAAUCAGGCAAAAGUGGUUCACCUAAGAGUGGUUCCAGUGGAAGUGGUUCCAACGGCAGUGGGUCAACCAUUGGAAGCGGUGGUAAAUCAGGCAAAAGCGGUUCACCUAAGAGUGGUCCCAGUGGAAGUGGUUCCAACGGCAGUGGGUCAACCAUUGGAAGCGGUGGUAAAUCAGGCAAAAGCGGUUCACCUAAGAGUGGUCCCAGUGGAAGUGGUUCCAAUGGCAGUGGGUCAACCAUUGGAAGCGGUGGUAAAUCAGGCAAAAGCGGUUCAUCUAAGAGUGGUUCCAGUGGAAGUGGUUCCAACGGCAGUGGGUCAACCAUUGAAAGCGGUGGUAAAUCAGGCAAAAGCGGUUCAUCUAAGAGUGGUUCCAGUGGAAGUGGUUCCAACGGCAGUGGGUCAACCAUUGGAAGCGGUGGUAAAUCAGGCAAAAGUGGUUCAUCUAAGAGUGGUUCCAACGGCAGUUGGUCCUCCUCAAGUGAGUCUGAUACAAAUGAAGAGUACGACGAAAAUGAUGGAUUAGAUAACAAUGAGGGAGAUGAUAAUGAAGGAUAUAAUGAAGAUGGGGAUAGCGAUGGAGGAGAUAAUGAUGAAGGAAAUAAUGAUGGACAGCAUUAUGAAGGUGGAGAUAAUGAUGGAGACAACAACGAUGAUGAGGAUAAUGAUGGAGACGAUAAAAAUGGUGGAGAUGAUGAUGGAGAUGAUGACGAUGACGGGGAUAAUGAAGAAGGAGAUAUUGAGGGAGAUGAUAAUGAUGGAGGAGAUAAUGAAGGUGGAGAUAAUGAUGGAGGAGAUAAUGAAGGAGACGAUAAUGGAGGAGGAGAUAAUGAAGGAAAUGAUAACGAUGGUGGGGAUAACAGUGGAGUAGAUAAUGAUGGAGAUCAAAAUGGAGGAAAUAACGAUGGAGGAGAUAAUGCUGAUGGAGAUAGCGAUGGAUUAGAUAAUAAUGAGGGAGAUGAUAAUGAAGGAGAUAAUGAAGAUGGGGAUAGCGAUGGAGGAGAUAAUGAUGAAGGAAAUAAUGAUGGACAGCAUGAUGAAGGUGGAGAUAAUGAUGGAGACAACAACGAUGAUGAUGAUAAUGAUGGCGACGAUAAUGAUGGUGGAGAUGAUGAUGGAGAUGAUAACGAUGACGGGGAUAAUGAAGAAGGAAAUAUUGAGGGAGAUGAUAAUGAUGGAGGAGAUAAUGAAGGUGGAGAUAAUGAUGGAGGAGAUAAUGAAGGUGGAUAUAAUGAUGGAGGAGAUAAUGAAGGAGAAGAUAAUGAAGGAAAUGAUAACGAUGGUGGAAAUAACAGUGGAGGAGAUAAUGAUGGAGAUCAAAAUGGUGGAGAUAACGAUGGAGGAGAUAAUGCUGAUGGAGAUAGCGAUGGAGGAGAUAAUCAUGGUGGGGGAAACGAUGGAAGCGAUAAUGAAGGUGGUGAUAACGACAGAAAUGAUAAUGAAGGUGGUGAUAAUGAUGGAGAUGAUAAUGAAGGUGGUGAUAACGAUGGAGAUGAUCAUAUUGGAGGAGAUCUCGAAGGUGGAGAUAAAAGUGAAGGUGGGGAUAAUAAUGGCGGAGAUAACGAUGGAAGAGAUAAUAAUGGUGGAGAUAAUGAUGGAGGUGAUAAUGGUGAUGGAGAUAACGAUGGAGGAGAUAAUGAUGGAGGAGAAAACGAUGGUGUAGAUAUCGAUGGUGGAGAUAACGAUGGAGGAGAUAAUGAUGGUGGAGGAGAUAAUGAUGGAGGAGGUAAUGAUGGUGGAGAUAUCGAUGGAGGAGAUAAUGAUGGAGGAAAUAACAAUGGAGGAGAUAAUGAUGAUGGAGAUAACGAUGGAGGAGAUAACACUGGAGGAGAUAAUGAUGGUGGAGAUAACGAUGGAGGAGAUAACACUGGAGGAGAUAAUGAUGGUGGAGAUAACGAUGGAGGAGAUAACACUGGAGGAGAUAAUGAUGGUGGAGAUAACGAUGGAGGAGAUAACACUGGAGGAGAUAAUGAUGGUGGAGAUAAUGAUGAUGGAGAUAACGAUGGAGGAGAUAAUGAUGGAGGAAAUAAUAAUGGAGGAGAUAAUGAUGAUGGAGAUAAUGAUGGAGGAGAUAAUGAUGGUAGAGAUAACGAUGGAGGAGAUAACACUGGAGGAGAUAAUGAUGGUGGAGAUAACGAUGGAGGAGAUAACACUGGAGGAGAUAAUGAUGGUGGAGAUAACGAUGGAGGAGAUAACACUGGAGGAGAUAAUGAUGGUGGAGAUAAUGAUGAUGGAGAUAACGAUGGAGGAGAUAAUGAUGGAGGAAAUAAUAAUGGAGGAGAUAAUGAUGAUGGAGAUAAUGAUGGAGGAGAUAAUGAUGGUGGAGGAGUUAAUGAUGGAGGAGGUAAUGAUGGUGGAGAUAUCGAUGGAGGAGAUAAUGAUGGAGGAAAUAACAAUGGAGGAGAUAAUGAUGAUGGAGAUAACGAUGGAGGAGAUAACACUGGAGGAGAUAAUGAUGGUGGAGAUAACGAUGGAGGAGAUAACACUGGAGGAGAUAAUGAUGGUGGAGAUAACGAUGGAGGAGAUAACACUGGAGGAGAUAAUGAUGGUGGAGAUAACGAUGGAGGAGAUAACACUGGAGGAGAUAAUGAUGGUGGAGAUAAUGAUGAUGGAGAUAACGAUGGAGGAGAUAAUGAUGGAGGAAAUAAUAAUGGAGGAGAUAAUGAUGAUGGAGAUAAUGAUGGAGGAGAUAAUGAUGGUAGAGAUAACGAUGGAGGAGAUAACACUGGAGGAGAUAAUGAUGGUGGAGAUAACGAUGGAGGAGAUAACACUGGAGGAGAUAAUGAUGGUGGAGAUAACGAUGGAGGAGAUAACACUGGAGGAGAUAAUGAUGGUGGAGAUAAUGAUGAUGGAGAUAACGAUGGAGGAGAUAAUGAUGGAGGAAAUAAUAAUGGAGGAGAUAAUGAUGAUGGAUAUAAUGAUGGAGGAGAUAAUGAUGGUAGAGAUAACAAUGGAGGAGAUAAUGAUGAUGGAGAUAACGAUGGAGGAGAUAACACUGGAGGAGAUAAUGAUGGUGGAGAUAACGAUGGAGGAGAUAAUGAUGGUGGACAUAACGAUGGAGGAGAUAACACUGGAGGAGAUAAUGAUGGUGGAGAUAACGAUGGAGGAGAUAACACUGGAGGAGAUAAUGAUGGUGGAGAUAAUGAUGAUGGAGAUAACGAUGGAGGAGAUAAUGAUGGAGGAAAUAAUAAUGGAGGAGAUAAUGAUGAUGGAGAUAAUGAUGGAGGAGAUAAUGAUGGUGGAGAUAACGAUGGAGGAGAUAACACUGGAGGAGAUAAUGAUGGUGGAGAUAUCGAUGGUGGAGAUAACGAUGGAGGAUAUAAUGAUGGAGAUAACGAUGGAGGAGAUAACAAUGGAGGGUAUAAUGAUAGUGGAGAAAACGCUGGAGGAGAUAAUGAUGGUGAAGGUAAUGAUGGAGGAGAUAAUGAUGGUGGAUAUAACGACGGAGGAGAUAAUGACGGUGAAUAUAACGACGAAGGAGAUAAUGAUGGUGGAGAUAACGAUGGAGCAAAUAAUGAUGGUGGAGAUAACGAUGGAAGAGAUAAUGAUGGUGCAGAUAACGAUGGAGGAGAUAAUGAUGGUGGAUAUAACGACGGAGGAGAUAAUGACGGUGGAUAUAACGACGGAGGAGAUAAUGACGGUGGAUAUAACGACGGAGGAAAUAAUGACGGUGGAGAUAACGAUCGAGGAAAUAAUGAUGAUGGAAAUAAUGAUGGAGGCGAUGAUGAUGGUGGUGAUAACGAUGGAGGAGAUAAUGAUGAUGGAGAUAACGAUGGAGGAGAUAAUGAUGGAGGAUAUAACAAUGGUGGAGAUAAUGAUGGCGGAGAUAACGAUGGAGGAGAUAAUGAUGGUGGAGACAAUGGUGAUGGGGAUGACGAUGGAGGAGAUAAUGAUGGAGGAGAUAACGAUGGGGGAGAUAAUGAAGGAGGAGAUAUUGAUGGUGAAGAUAACGAUGGAGGAGAUCACGAGGGAGGAUAUAACAAUGGAGGAGAUAAUGAUGGUGGAGAUAAUGAUGGAGGAUACAUUGAUGGUGGAGAUAACGAUGGAGGAGAUAACAAUGGAGGAGAUAAUGAUGGUGGAGAUAAUAAUGGAGGAGAUAAUGAUGGUGGAGAUAACUAUGGGGGAGAUAAUGAUGGAGGAGAUAACGAUGGAGGAGAUAAUGAUGGAGGAGAUAUUGAUGGUGAAGAAAACGAUGGAGGAGAUAACAAUGGAGGAGAUAAUGAUGGUGGAGAUAAUGAUGGAGGAGAUAACACUGGAGGAGAUAAUGAUGGUGGAGAUAACGAUGGAGCAAAUAAUGAUGGUGGAGAUAAUGAUGGAGGAGAUAACACUGGAGGAGAUAAUGAUGGUGGAUAUAACGAUGGAGCAAAUAAUGAUGGUGGAGAUAAGGAUGGAGGAGAUAAUGGUGAUGGAGAUAACGAUGGAGGAGAUAAUGAUGGUGGAUAUAACGACGGAGGAGAUAAUGACGGUGGAUAUAAUGACGGAGGAAAUAAUGACGGUGGAGAUAACGAUGGAGGAAAUAAUGAUGAUGGAAAUAAUGAUGGUGGAAAUAAUGAUGGUGGAGACAAUGGUGAUGGGGAUAACGAUGAAGGAGAUAACGAUGGAGGAGAUAAUAAUGAAGGAGAUAAUGAUGGUGGAGACAAUGGUGAUGGGGAUAACGAUGGAGGAGAUAAUGAUGGAGGAGAUAACAAUGGUGGAAAUAAUGAUGGUGGAGACAAUGGUGAUGGGGACAACGAUGGAGGAGAUAAUGAUGGAGGAGAUAACAAUGGUGGAAAUAAUGAUGGUGGAGAUAACGAUGGGGGAGAUAACGAUGGAGGAGAUAAUGAUGGAGGAGACAACAAUGGUGGAGAUAAUGAUGGUGGAGACAAUGGUGAUGGGGAUAACGAUGGAGGAGAUAAUGAUGGAGGAGAUAACAAUGGUGGAAAUAAUGAUGGUGGAGAAAACGAUGGGGGAGAUAAUGAUGGAGGAGAUAUUGAUGGUGAAGAUAACGAUGGAGGAGAUCACGAGGGAGGAGAUAACAAUGGAGGAAAUAAUGAUGGUGGAGAUAAUGAUGGAGGAUACAUUGAUGGUGGAGAUAACGAUGGAGGAGAUAACAAUGGAGGAGAUAAUGAUAGUGGAGAUAAUAAUGGUGGGGAUGACGAUGGAGCUGAUAUUGGUGGUGGAGAUAAUGAUGGAGGAGAUGACGAUGGAGAAGAUAAUGAUGAUGGAGAUAAUGAUGGUGGAGAUAACGAUGGAGGAGAUAACACUGGAGGAGAUAAUGAUGGUGGAGGUAACAAUGGAGGAGAUAAUGAUGGAGGAGAAAACGAUGGAGGAGAUAAUAAUGGAGGAAAUAAUGAUGAUGGAGAUAACGAUGGUGGAGAUAACGUUGCAGUAAACAAUGGCGGUGGGGAUAAUGAUGGAGGAGAUAAUGAUGAAGGAAAUGAUAAUGGAGAAGAAAACAAUGAUGGAGGAGAUAAUGAUGGAGGGGUUAACGAAGGAGGUGAUUAUGAUGAAGUAGAUAAUCCAGGCGGUAACAAUAAUGGAGGAGAUAAUGAUGACGAUGGAGGAGAUUACCACGAAGGAGAUAACGAUGAAAUUGAUAAUGGUGAAGGUAAUGAUGAUGAAAAUGUUGAUGGAGGGGAUAAUGCAGGUGAUGACAAUAACGGUGGUGAUGAUGCUGGAGAAGAUAAUAAAGGUGAUGAAAUUAAUGAAGAUGGUGAAACUGGAGAAAGUGAAAAUGGUGGAAAUAAUGGAAAUACUGAAUUAGGAACAACGGAGACCCCUGAACCAAUUCAUGGCAAAUGGACAGAGUGGUCUGAAUGGAGCAAAUGUUCUCGCGAAUGCGGUGGUGGAAACUCUUACAGAUUGAAGUAUUGCACUAAUCCUGCUCCUAGAUAUGGAGGUGAUGACUGUAUAGGAGUGAGCUAUGAAGUUAAAACAUGCGCCGAGGCUAGGUGUGCAACAGUUAACGGGAACUGGGCGGAUUGGAGUUCAUGGACUGACUGCUCUGUAUCCUGUGGGAGUGGAACUAUCUUCAGGUAUCGCGAGUGUAAUGACCCAGCUCCGAGUGGCGGUGGGUCAUUAUGUGAGGGAAACGCUGCAGAUGUAGUCUUAUGUGAACGUCAAUGUAACGAAACGCUCGAGUGUGAAAGUGGCCAGAUCCAAUGUAACGGUAGCAACACGUGUAUCGAAGGCCUCCGUUGUGACAAUGUAGAGGAUUGUCCCGGAGGAGACGACGAGGCCAAUUGCACAGAGGCAGAGCUGAGGGCCUCGUUGGAUUUCAAAUCUUCGGGGGGAAACACAGGUGGCCUCAGAGAUUCCCUUAGCAUGUUCUUCCAGAAUAAUGCGGCGGCGAAUCCCAUGUUACACCCAGUACUGCUGAUUUUCAUACUACUAGCGACAUCUUUCAAUCUACUGGAUAAUAUAUAUAUACCGAGGAUGAACAAUGAAGCCAAAAGACUUAAAUUGAAUGGAUAAAACACAAAAAAUGUAAAGAAUGACUGCAUACAAUGUACGGUCAAAUCGCCAAAUCAGAAUGCAGUGUAAUAUACCAAAAGUGUGUGAUUAUGCAUACAAUUUUUAUACCGAUUGAAUGAGUGCGUAUUUAUUUAUCAGAACAAGAAAAUGAAAAUGACAAAGGAGGAUUGGCUUCAAGGGUUCCAUUUCGAUAUUCAAACAGUUGUCACUUUAUCACUUCAAAAUUUGAAUCAGGAGUUUUGCUCUUAUUUCCGAACAAAAAAUAUAAAGAUAUUAGCUCGCUCAAAUCUUUUGGAUUGCUGAUUAUUUAUUUAUACUCAGUUAUAAUGUCAGAAAAUAACGACAUUUUCAAUGUUGUCGUGGAUCAAGG